CGAGAUAGAUACGGAGAUCGGUAGCCUACGGCCCAGAGAUUCAUUGCCACUUGACAUUCCAGGGCUGACUAUAAGACCAAGGGGCCUCCAGCCGUGAAGCUGAAAGUCUUACUCUCGAGAUCAUCGCAAGUCAAGACCUAAGUCCUUCAGAAGUUCUCUCUUCAGAAUGUUGCCCCUAGUAUUAGCCGCCAUUGCGGGCGUUGCCUCAGCCCAGCAAGUGGGCAAAGAGCAAACCGAAACCCACCCCAAGCUCAGCUGGAAGAAGUGUUCGAGCGGCGGUAGCUGUUCCACAGUCAAUGGUGAGGUUACCAUUGAUGCUAACUGGCGUUGGCUUCACUCAACCUCUGGUACCACAAACUGUUACGAUGGCAAUGAGUGGACCUCCCAAUGCAGCUCUGCUACCGACUGUGCCACCAAGUGCGCCAUCGAGGGAGCCGACUACAGCAAGACAUAUGGUGCCUCAACAAGCGGCGAUGCCCUGACCCUCAAGUUCGUCACAAAGCACGACUACGGUACCAACAUCGGCUCUCGUUUCUACCUCAUGAACGGCGCCUCAAAGUACCAGACCUUCACUCUUAUGAACAACGAGUUCACGUUUGAUGUCGACCUAUCCACUGUCGACUGCGGCUUGAACGCUGCGCUAUACUUCGUCGCCAUGGAGGAGGAUGGCGGUAUGAAGAGCUACUCCAGCAACAAGGCCGGUGCGAAGUACGGUACUGGUUACUGCGAUGCCCAAUGUGCCAGAGAUCUGAAGUUCGUUGGCGGCAAGGCCAACGUCGAGGGAUGGAAGCCGUCCAGCAAUGACAAGAACGCCGGUGUCGGUCCUUACGGAGGAUGCUGUGCUGAGAUUGAUGUCUGGGAGUCGAACUCGCACUCUUUCGCCUUCACCCCUCACCCUUGCGAGAACAACGCCUACCACGUCUGCGAGAACAGCGGCUGCGGUGGUACCUACUCUGACGACCGCUUCUCCGGCGACUGCGACCCUAACGGCUGCGACUACAACCCCUACCGCAUGGGCAACACCGACUUCUACGGCAAGGGCAAGACCCUUGACACCAGCAAGAAAUUCACCGUCGUCACCCAAUUCACGCAAUCCGCCUACACCCAGUUCUUCGUCCAGAACGGCAAGAAGAUCUCCAUCCCAGGCUCCACCUUCGACGGCAUGCCCGCCUCCAGCUCCAUCACCCCGGAGUACUGCUCGGCCCAGUUCGCGGCCCUCGGCGACCGCGACCGCUUCAGCGAGGUCGGAGGCUUCGCCCAGACCAACGCCGCCCUUUCCAAGCCCAUGGUUCUCGUCAUGUCGAUCUGGGACGACCACUACGCCAACAUGCUCUGGCUCGACUCCAGCUACCCUCCCGAGAAGGCCGGCACCCCCGGCGGCGACCGUGGCGACUGCUCCCAGGACUCCGGCGUCCCCUCAGACGUCGAGGCCAACAUCCCCAACGCCAAGGUCGUCUGGUCCAACAUCCGCUUCGGCCCCAUCGGUUCCACCGUCAAGGUCUAAGCUCAAGCGGCUUAUCAGCCUUU